AUCUUCCUCCAAUGCUCCAAGUCCUCGCUGCGAUGGCUACUGGUAGUAGUGCUUCUAAGGCUGGCGCUGCCUCCGUAUCCGGCCUCGCCCUUGUCGUAGUCGCGUUCGUCCUCCUUGACGCCGCUUCCGUGAGCCAUGCUCAGCUGCAGGUGGGGUUCUACGUCGGUAAGUGCAAGGGCACGGACGUGGAGGCGGUCAUCCGAGGCGUCGUCCAGGCGCGCUUCAAGCAGGAUCCUUCUAUUCUUCCUGCUCUCCUCCGUAUGCAGUUCCACGACUGCUUCGUGAGAGGCUGCGACGCCUCGAUACUGUUGGACGGGCAGAGUAGCGAGAAGAACGCCGGCGCGAACGCUAGCGUGCGAGGAUAUGAGCUGAUCGACGAGAUCAAGGCGGCGCUGGAAAAGGCGUGCUCCGGCGUCGUCUCCUGCGCCGACAUCAUCGUCGCGGCCACGAGGGACGCCGUCGUCUUGGGCGGAGGAACGCGAUACGAUGUGCAAACCGGGAGAAGGGACGGUUUACGGUCGAGCGUGAACGACGUCAAUCUACCCGGACCAAGCAUUCCGAUUUCCAACGCGAUCGGGUUUUUUAACGCCAAAAAAAUCAGCACGGAAGACAUGGUUUUAUUGCUGGGUGGGCACACAGUUGGGAUAACGCACUGUCUCUUUAUAUCGAAUCGGCUCUGGAACUUCAACGGUUCGGGUGGACCGGACCCGAGCAUGGACCCGGCUCUGGUUCGUAGCCUCCGGGUCACGUGCCCGCAGAACGGCGACGGCGACAACAACCCGGUGAACCUGGACCAGAACGCCACCAGCGCCAACGUGGUGGACAACAGCUUCUUCAAGCAGAUCAUGGCGAAGCGGGGCGUGCUCCAGAUCGACCAGCGGCUGGCCGAUGACGGGCAGACGAGGAGCACCGUCGCGGGGCUCGCCGCCGGGAAGCUGGACUUCGGGAAGCGCUUCGGCGGGGCGAUGGUCAGGAUGGGAGCUAUCGAGGUGCUCACGGGCUCUCAGGGGGAGGUCAGGAAGUCGUGCCGGGCGGUCAACAAACAAUCGGUGGAGGCUACGCUGGAGGAGAUCGUCGAUGGGCUGCUGGCGGCGCAAUGAUGCGUCGGAGUUGAAGCUUUAAUUAGGUUCUUAAAGGAGCAGUUCGCUUGCAGUAGGCAGUCGUUGUUGUAGUCUUGUUUCUUAUGCUCUGCCUCAGUGAUCUCUCAGCUUCAAUAAAUAAGAAAAAAUUAUGAACA